AUGUCGGAGACCAUCAAGAAUGAGGAUCCGGUCCCGGCCGACCAUCACGAGCAAGAAGGCGAAAUGGCGGGAACAGAGGAGGAAGAAAUUUCAGCCAUGAAGCGUCGCGUGGCGGAAAUGGAAGAGGAGGCAAAAAAGCUCCGGGAGAUGCAAGCCAGCCUGGAGCAGCAGUCGGCCAGCCUCGCCGACGACAAGGAGUCUGUUGACGCGCGCAGUAUCUUUGUCGGCAACGUCGAUUACUCUGCGUCGCCCGAAGAGAUUCAGGCGCAUUUCCAAAGCUGCGGCUCCAUCAACCGCGUGACGAUUCUCCUUGACAAGUUUUCAGGCCAGCCCAAGGGCUACGCCUACGUCGAGUUCACGGAGCCCAGCCUUGUCGCACAGGCCCUCGUCCUUAACGAAAGCGUCUUCAAGGGCCGCAAUAUCAAGGUGACACCGAAGCGCACCAACGUGCCCGGCAUGGGUCGCGGUCGCGGUCGCGGCGGCUUCCGCGGCGGCAGGGGAGGGUUCGGCCGCGGCGGCUUUCCUCCCCGAGGCGGCUACCGAGGCGGUGGCCGAGGCCGAGGUCGGGGUUUCACGCCUUACUAG